AUGCCUCUCUCGGCUAUCAAGACGGUCGCAAAGGCUCAGAACGGCGUAGGAGCCUUUGUCCUGCCGUGCAAGUCCAUCACCUUCCACUACUGCAACUGGUGGGGGUCGUCGAAAGGCAUGAACGCCUUCCUCAAAGCCUCUCUCCCCGCCUUCGCCAAGCGCAACCCUCAGAUCGAAAUUUCCGUCAGCCCGCGGCCACGCCACCACCCCGUAAUCAUCGCAAACUACAUCAACGGCGCCCAACGGUCAAUAUGUGUGAGGAAUCUGCAAAAUGAGGGUGUAAGGGAAAAGGCAGAGAUGUUACGGAACAGCACAGGAGAGAAGAACAGGAGACUGGAUGGACGACCAGUGAAGAGUCUGAACGAGAACGUCCGGGGCAUCUGGAGUCCGUUCCACGGCAGCAAAAUCAACAUGUGA